AAAGAGUGUAAGAAACUUCACGUGUUUUCUGUCGAAUUAAAAUCCUCUCAGAGCUUUACACAAACCCUCCAAUGGCGAACUCCGGCGACCACCAAUCAACCGCCGCCGCCUCCGCCGCCGGAGACGGCAUCGCCGUCAUAAUCGUCCCAUUUCCGGCGCAGGGCCACCUCAACCAAAUGCUCCAGCUCGCCUGCCUCAUCGCCUCCUACGGCGGCGCCACCGUCCACUACGCCGCCGCCGCCGUCCACAACCGCCAGGCCCGCCUCCGCAUCAACGCCCUCAGCCCCGCCGCCGUCGCCGCCGUCAAAUUCCACGACCUCCCAACCCCGCCGUUCCCGUCGCCGCCGCCGAACCCGGCGGCGCCGUCCAAAUUCCCCUGCCAGCUCCAGCCGGCGUGGGACGCCAGCCUCAGCCUCCGCCGCCCGAUGGCGGAGUUCAUCCGCGCCACCGCCGCCGUCCACCGCCGCGCCGUCGUCAUCCACGACUCCCUCAUCGCCGUCCUCGUCCAGGACGCCGUCGCCAUCCCCAACGCAGAGACCUACGCCUUCAACUGCCUCUCCGCCUUCUGCCAGGCCAAAAUGAACUUCGAACUCGCCGGAAAACCGUUCCCCCGCCGCGGCCUGAAAGAACUUCCGGCGGUGACGGACUGCAUCUCCGGCGACCUGGCGGCGUUCAUCGGCCUCCAGGAGGAGGCCCUCCGCCGUAGAUCUGGAGAUAUUUACAAUACCUCCAGAUUGAUCGAACCUUUUUACAUGGAUCUCCUCGACCGCGACGCCGAGGAGGAGGAACAGAGCCACCACCGCCGCCGCCGGAAAAAUUGGGCCAUCGGACCUAUCAUCCCCGCCGACCUCCACACGGCGGCGCAAAAUUUUUCCGGCCGACGACAUGAUUGCUUGUCUUGGCUCGACAAACAGGAGCCGAAGUCAGUUAUCUACGUCACAUUCGGGACGACGACGUCAUUAUCCGACGAGGAAAUCUCCGAAUUGGCGGCGGGAUUAGAAAGAAGCGGCCACAAGUUCAUUUGGGUGCUGCGCGACGCCGACAAGGCCAACAUCUUCGACGGCGCCGAUGUCCGGCGAACCCUUCUGCCGGCGGGCUACGAGGAGCGCCUUUCCGGGAGAGCCAUCGUGGUCCGGGACUGGGCUCCUCAGCCGGAGAUCCUGGCCCACAGGUCCACCGGCGGCUUCAUGACCCACUGCGGCUGGAACUCGUGCCUCGAGAGCCUCACGCGCGGCGUGCCCAUGGCGGCGUGGCCGAUGCACUCCGACCAGCCGGCUAACGCGCUGAUGGUCACGGAGGUCCUGGGAGCCGGGGUCCUGGUCCGGGAGUACACGGCGGAGCCGGCGGUGGUGAGGGCGCCGACGGUGGAGGCGGCGGUGAGAAGGCUGAUGGAGUCGGAGGAAGGAAGGGCGGCCAGGAAACGGGCGGAGGAAUGGGCGGAGAAGCUGCGGCGGGCGACGGAGGACGGCGGCGCUUCUCGCCGGGAAUUGGAGGCGUUUUUGGCGCACAUUUACCGCCCCGGCGAGGCGGAUCCCGGCGCCGCCGCCGCCGGAGCUCCCGGACCGGCCUUGUUUGACGUUUCUGCUAAUGGUGGGGUGUAAUUUGUGAGGUUUUGAAAAUUUAAUUAGUGUUUGGUUAUUUGGUAAUAAUUAUUAAUUAGUGAUUUAAGUUUUUUUUAAUUGCCAUUUGUUGUAAUAAUAAAUUGAUAUGUGUUGGACAUCAUAGGUUUGUUUUAGGAUUUGAAUGUUUUAUUUAUUUACUUAAAAAAAUUAGGGUUUGGUUAUUUGGUAAUAAUUAUUGGCUUUGU